GUGAAAAGUAUUACACAUGUGCGCCGGCGCAGGCUGUAUUAUUGUUUACGUAGCCACUGAGGACGGUCCGUUUAAAAUUAACAAGAAUUUAAUUAUUAUUUCAAAUAAUUUGAACCACGUCGGAAACUUACAAAUCUGUGCGUAAAAGUGAAAAAUGUUGGGUAAAAAUGCAAAAAUGUUAUUUGGACUGUCAAUAUGUGCAUUGAUAAUAUCAGUGUUGCUAGCUGCGUGGGGCUUCCCGAAAAUCCUGAAACAGCAGAUCCAAAAGAGCGUACAACUGGAUAACGACUCGAUGACGUUUGAGAAAUGGCGCAAAAUUCCAUUUCCGCUGUUUUUCAAAGUCUACGUGUUUAACGUUACCAACGUUGAUGCCAUCAUGGCUGGAAAGAAGCCUGUGCUCCAGGAAGUUGGACCUUUUGUAUACAAGGAAUAUCGCGAACGGACUAUUCUGGGAUACGGUAAGAACGAUACCAUCAAGUACACCUUGAAGAAAUCGUUUGUGUAUGACCAAGAAGCGUCAGGGUCUCUUUCUGAGGACGAAGAAGUCACAGUUAUAAACUUUUCUUAUAUGAAUGCUAUUCUAACAGCACAUGACCUGAUGCCAGGAAUUUUGCCGAUGCUGAAUGACGCGAUGUCUGGCUUCUUUAGCACUGAUGGAACACCAUUCAUAAAGAUCAAGGCAAGGGAUCUUUUCUUCGAUGGAAUGUUUUUAAAUUGCUCACUAAAUCAAUCCGCUAUAGCUUUAAUAUGCGGAAAAAUCAAAGCAGACACACCUCAAGUAAUGAGACCAGCAAAAGAAGAGAAUGGAUUUUAUUUCUCCCUAUUCGAUCAUUUAAACAGAACAGAAUCGGGCCCAUACGAAAUGGUCCGAGGCACGGAGAACAUAAACGAACUUGGGCAUAUCGUCUCAUACCAGGACAAACAAUCAAUGGACCAAUGGAUGGAUGACUACUGUGGGAUGAUAAAUGGCUCAGAUGGCUCCAUCUAUCCACCGAUAAACGAAAACAAUGUGCCGAGUAGAUUGUAUUACUUCGAGCCACAAAUUUGCAGAUCAAUUUACGUGUCCGUAGUCGGACAACGUGCUUUUAUGAACAUGAGCGCAUACUACUAUGAAGUAGAUUCAUCAAUGCUAGCUUCUAAAAGUGCCAAUCCAGAUAAUAAAUGCUUCUGCAAAAGGAAUUGGAGUAGCAAUCAUGACGGUUGUCUGCUUAUGGGGACAUUUAAUGUAAUGCCAUGUCAGGGUGCCCCCGCAAUUAUCUCUUUACCGCAUUUCUACCUCGCUUCUGAUGAACUACUGGGCUACUUCGGUGGUGGAAUCAGCCCGGAUCGUGAAUCACAUACAAGUUAUAUAUACAUUGACCCUGCUACAGGAGCCAUGCUAAGUGGAAUACAAAGGAUCCAGUUCAAUGUAGAAUUAAGGAAUAUUCCUAAUGUGCCCCAGUUGGCAACUGUUAAGACUGGCCUAUUUCCUCUACUUUGGGUUGAAGAAGGUGUAGACAAGUUACCAGACGAUAUUGUGAAGGAUUUACGCGAUGCACAUACAACUAUAGGCUAUGUGGAGGCAGCGAGGUGGUUAAUUGUAGUCAUCGCAGCAUUUAUGUGUGUUGGUUCAGCGGUCUGCGUCGUACGAUCAGGCGCUGUAGCCGUGUGGCCCCGAACGAAUAAUUUUGUAUUAAACGCUGGAAAUCGUUUGGAUAUUAAUAAAGGACGAAAUUAGAUUAUAAUGACCCACUAGGAACAGUCAUUUGAAUAUACACUUAUUGAAUAUUAGAGAUUAUUUCGUGUGGGUUAUUUUGUUUUUUAGGAGCCUACAGUCAUUUCAAUUAUGCUGUUAUAUUUAUUAAUAUGUCAACGGUACUACUUGUAUAUGUGUGUUAGCUUUAACAAUUAAAAAUAGUCAAUACUAGUUAGCAGGAAUCUCAGUAUCGUUUCAAUGUCUAUAAACAAUCUUAUACUAGCAUUGGACAAAUGAAAGUCAUACGGCAUUUACAUAUUUAUCUUAUUCUGCGCUAUUUUGUUGCUUUCUACUCAUCCAAAUUUAUGUCUGUAGAGACCAUCAUAUUUUUUUAAAUAUUGACGUAGAUAUAUAAUAUGCAUAAAAAAAUUGAGUUAAUUUCUUAAAGUAUGACUUUAUUUUUUGCGAACAUCGAUAACAAUUUAUUAAAAUGAAAAUGGGCUAUUUUUUAGCGAAAGGGUGGGGAACUGAUAUUAUGAAUUGUUAAUAUCUUUAUAUUGUUUAUUUUAAAUUAUAUAAUGUUAUUACCUGUAUAUAUAUUUUUGUUUAGAUUGCUGUGAAUGUAACAUUAUUAUUUGUAAAUACCCUUUAAUUUUUGAUCCGUAAAAUUUAUUGUAGAAAAUAAGGUACAAUUGUGUAAGUUUAUAUGUUUACGUGAUAUAUUAAUAAAAGUUUACGAG